UGGCCUUAGGUAAACAAGGCUUCAUAUGUUGCUGUCAUUUAGCGCACCCCCCACAGAAGAUCUCAGUUACUGCACAUUUCUUGAUUCAAGUGUCUGACAGUCAUAAGAUGUCCGAUAGUGGAGGAGAGCCUAUUGUGGCAGACCCUGUUGAUAAAGACAGUGAACCAGCCGGGUCAGAAGCUGCAUGCCUAUCUAUUGUUGUGCUUGGUGCUUCUGGUGAUCUUGCCAAGAAAAAGACUUUCCCCGCACUCUUCAAACUCUAUCGCCAGGGUUUCUUGCAGUCACAUGAAGUUUACAUCUUUGGCUAUGCCAGGACCAAGAUUUCAGAUGAUGACCUCAGAGACCGUAUUCGGGGAUAUCUUACUCCAAACAAGAAUGCUGCAGAAGGACACACGGAAGAUGCAACAAAGUUUCUGCAACUGAUCAAAUACGUCUGUGGUGCUUAUGACACGGAAGAGGGUUUUCAGUGUUUGGAUAAGGAAAUAUCUGAGUAUGAAAUAUCAAAAAAGAGUAUUGAAGGAUCGUCCCGGAGACUAUUCUACCUCGCACUUCCUCCUUCAGUGUAUCCUCCAGUCUGCAAAAUGAUUAGGACUUGCUGCAUGAAUAAAUCUGAUCUUGGUGGAUGGACACGUAUUGUUGUUGAGAAGCCCUUCGGUAAGGACUUGGAGUCAGCCGAGCGUCUCAGUAACCAGAUAGGAGAACUGUUUGAGGAGCCACAGAUAUAUCGUAUUGAUCAUUAUUUGGGGAAAGAGUUGGUGCAAAACUUGUUGGUACUUCGUUUUGCUAAUCGUUUUUUCCUGCCUUCAUGGAAUCAUGACAACAUCAGUAGUGUACAGAUUGUGUUUCGAGAGGAUAUUGGAACUGAAGGGCGUGGCGGAUAUUUUGAUGAGUAUGGAAUCAUCCGGGAUAUUAUCCAAAAUCAUCUCUUGCAGGUUCUUUGCCUUGUUGCUAUGGAGAAACCUGUCUCUCUUAAACCUGAGCACAUUCGAGAUGAGAAAGUGAAGGUUCUUCAAUCUGUAGCUCCAAUUAAAGAUGAAGAGGUUGUGCUCGGACAAUAUGAUGGCUACUUAGAUGAUCCCACAGUGCCUGAUGGCUCUAACACUCCUACUUUUGCAACUAUAGUAUUGCGUAUACAUAAUGAAAGAUGGGAAGGUGUACCUUUCGUGCUUAAGGCUGGAAAGGCAUUAGCAUCUAGAAAGGCAGAAAUUCGUAUCCAAUUUAAGGAAGUUCCGGGUGAUAUAUUUAAAAGUCAAAAGCAAGGGAGGAAUGAACUAGUAAUACGAUUACAACCUUCAGAGGCCAUGUAUAUGAAGCUUACAGUCAAACAGCCUGGACUUAAGAUGGCAACUAUCCAGAGUGAGCUAGACUUGUCCUAUGGACAACGUUACCAGGAUGUAACCAUCCCAGAGGCUUAUGAACGACUUAUUCUUGACACUAUAAGGGGUGAUCAACAGCAUUUUGUUCGUAGAGAUGAGUUGAAGGUAGCCUGGGAGAUAUUCACCCCUCUGCUUCACAGAAUAGAUAAAGGUGAAUUUAAAUCAGUUCCAUAUAAACCUGGCAGUCGAGGUCCAGAUAAAGCGGAUGAGUUGCUGAAAGAAGUUGGCUAUGUUCCCACACAAGGCUAUAUAUGGAUCCCUCCAACCCUGUAAUCUGAACUACUGUAAGGUUACUAGGUUGCAUGAAGACUUUGUUAUAGCAAACUUUAUAAGAGCAAUACAAUGCUAAAUGCAAAAUAGUUAAGGCUAUAAUAUGUUAAAAAGUCAUUAUACUUCGAUCCUAGUUACAUUUGGGAAUCAAAUAAUUCCAUGUUUAAAUAACUUUUUAACCGAUUCUUCCAACAUUUUUUGGAGCAUGCUACUAACUUGCAUUUAUUUAUAUGAGUGGUUUUUAUUUAUUUA